AGUAGUCUUUACUAAACAAAGUACAAAAUUAACAAUUUCGAACGACCUGCUGUCAUAUAUUUCACUUCGCCGCAACACUUCAACUCCUCAACACUUCACACAUACAACUACACGAAACACUCUAUCUAUACACACACAAAGGCCAAAGCCAGCUUACCCUAUUGUAGAGAGAGAAUAGCACCAUGAGAGCAAGCAAUCACCUCAUAGGUCUCCUCAACUUCACCACCUUCCUCCUCUCCGUCCCAAUCCUCGGCGGCGGCAUAUGGCUGAGCAGCCGCGCCAACAACACCGACUGCCUCAAGUUCCUCCAGUGGCCCUUGAUAGUCAUCGGAGUCGCCAUCAUGGUCGUCUCACUCGCGGGCUUCGCCGGCGCGUGUUACCGGAACACGUUUCUCAUGUACCUUUACUUGUGGACCAUGUUCUUGAUUAUUGCCACCCUUAUUGGCUUUAUUAUAUUUGCUUAUGCCGUCACGGAUAAAGGGUCGGGUCGGGCCGUGCUCAACCGGGUCUACCCGGAUUACUAUCUGGAGGAUUAUGAUGGGUGGUUGAAGGAGCGCGUGGCGAGUGAGAGUUAUUGGGGGAAGAUUAGUAGUUGUAUUAGGGAUUCUAAAGUGUGUGGGAAGAUGGGGAGGUUUGUGGGUGGCGUGCCUGAGUCUGCUGAUAUGUUUUAUCUUAGAAAGCUCUCUCCUAUACAGUCUGGAUGCUGCAAGCCCCCGACAGAGUGUGGUUAUGUGUACGGAAAUGAGACAAUUUGGACUCCGGGAGGUGGGCUGGUAGGAAACAGUCUCGAUUGUUCAAAGUGGAGCAAUGAUCAAUCUCAGCUGUGCUACUCAUGCGACUCUUGCAAAGCAGGUGUGCUUGCAAGCGUGAAGAAGAGCUGGAGGAAGGUUUCCGUGAUCAACAUCGUGGUCUUGAUCAUCCUUGUCAUUGCUUAUGUUGUUGCUUGUGCCGCAUUUAGAAACAACAAACGAAUGGACAACGACGAACCUUAUGGGGAGACCCGAAUGGAGAAGGCGCAACCUAGUAGAAUACACUUUUAGGCGAGAUCUAAUCUCAACUAUGGGCAAGUAAAAAAGUAAAAACACAAAAACAUUGAAGUUUAAGAAGAACGAACAUUAUGUUUGGUAUGCUAUGUAAAAGGUCAAAUCUGCUUUUGAGUCGAAGGUUGGCUGUAUAUUUUGGAUGCCUGCCUGCUGGUAGGGUAUGUAAUAUUGUUGAACUCAUAUGAUUGUAUUUAUUUUAUGUAGACAAUGUUAUACAUUUAAUUUCAGGUUGUCUUAGAAGUA